AUGAGUCCCGGUAUGACACACUAUUGGCUAACCAUAAAUUCUACAAGCAACCAAACAGACUGCCCCGAAGUGAGGGUCCCCUUCCCCAUCUUCUAUGUCAUGGGUGUGAUGAGUCUGGUUGAAAACCUGCUGGUUGUCAUAGCCGUAAUUAAAAACAGGAACCUCCAUUCCCCAAUGUACUGCUUCAUUUGUAGCCUGGCAGCUUUCAACACCAUCGCCAGCCUCUCCAAAACCUGUGAGAACCUGAUGAUUAUGCUUGCUGAAAUAGGACAUCUGGAGAAGAAGAGCAACCCUGCCAAAAAGCUGGAUGAUGUGAUGGACUCCCUAUUGUGUAUGUCAUUUGUGGGCUCCAUUUUCAGCUUCAUGGCUAUCGCUGUGGACCGGUAUGUAUGUAGGGUAUGGGUUUGCACACAGAGAUGAUUUUAAAAUACUUCUGCCUAACAGAGUGAAAUUUAUUCCAACCCAGCAAACUAAUCCCAGGAGUUCUCAUCUAAAAGAAAUCAUGACACGCUUAGCUAUGUUCUCCUUUUAUAUAAGACAGAAAAUGAGCUCUGCUGAAUGUGGCAGAGGAACUGUAGGUGGCAAGACAAACUGAUUUGUUUGAUCUGUUUACAGCUGUGCCGGCUGUGUUGAACUGUUUCUCUGAGGAUUGUGGGCCCCAUAACCAAUUAUCAUCUGUACGUGUUUCAAUUCAAAGCAUCAGGUCCCCAUCACUGGGACUCUGGGGAUCAUUUGAAGUUGGAAGUUGAAACUUUUCCCCGCGUUUUAGCUCAAACAUCCUCAGCUUAUUAAGGCAGUAGUUUCUGCAUACUCUGCCUCACAAAUGUACAAUGUUAUCUGUAACAGACAGGCAGACAAUUUUAAGUCUAUAUGACUCAAAAUACUGUUAGAUGGCACAUGUAUGUAAUCAAUAAUGUGAGUGCGAUAGGUGUGAUUGGGCUUUUGAUUGUAAUAACAAAUUCAUGUAUGUUUUUGUUACCUCAUACAAUAGAAAUCAAGAAGCAUUAUGUUAGCAUUUGUUAAUUACCUCUUGUGACUGAAGGCUGUCUGUGUCAUAUUUCAUGGUGACGCAUUUGGAAAUGGCUCACUCCAAAUAGGCAAAUAGAUGAAACUAUAUGUGAUUUUAGCUCUGGAGACACUGAUGAUCACAGCAGUUAAGCAUCCAAGUGUGACCCAAGAGAUAAAUCAAAGAGACAGUGAAUUCUGUGUUUUCUCUUUCAGUUACAUCACCAUCUUCCACGCUCUGCAGUACCACAACAUCAUGACAAUGUGGCAUGCAGGGGUCAUCUUGAGUGUCAUCUGGACGACCUGUGGGGUGUGUGCAGUGCUCAUGAUCCAGUUCUUCACCUCCAAGGUCAUCCUGAUAUGCUUCGUUGUCUUCUUCUUUGUUUCCUUGACGAUCAUCUGCUUCCUCUACGUCUACAUGUUCAUGCUGGCACGCAGCCAUGCCAGAAAGAUUGCUGCUCUGCCGUCCAACAUUGAGGGGAGGAAGUGCCGCCAUCAGUGGUGGAGGGGGAGCAUGAGAGGGGCCUUGACUCUCACCAUCCUGUUUGGGGCGUUUGUGGUGUGUUGGGCUCCAUUUUUCCUCCACCUCACCAUCAUCAUGGUGUGCCCUUUAAACCCGUACUGUGAGUGUUACCGAUCGCUCUUCGAGCUGCAUGUGGUGCUGAUGAUGAGCCACGCCCUCAUUGAUCCAGCAAUCUACGCUUUCCGCAGCACCGAGCUCAGACGCACCUUCAGGAAGAUGCUGCUGUGUUCAGAGUGGAGACAGUAACUACAUGUCAACAUCACAACCGGGGGGAGAAAAAUUUAAAUUUUGUGUAAUCAAUUUCUUAGGUUUGUUCAUAACUCCAUUAGGAUUGCUGGGGGAGGCAAGAUUUAUGACCUAUACUGCAGCCCAUCACCAGAAGUUGGUGUUCUCGAGGAGGCUUCACCUAGCGAGGAGGCAGACGGCGUCCAUUCUAUAUACAGCUGGUUACCUUAAGUGUGAACAAUGGGAAGGAAGUAAUUAUUUCCAAAUGUCAAUCCCUCACUCCCCUGUACAGGCUUAUACAUUACAUGCUAGUUUUACCUCCCUCUUCCUCCUCCUUUUUCUGUGCUUCCUUCUUAGAGUUUGUCUGUUCUUCUCUUGGUGUACACUAUAUUAAUUUUUUCCCCUUUCUGCCAUGCAUAGUCCUUGGAAUAUUUGUGUGACUCAGCUUUUCAUAUGUUUCAUCACUACCUGUUGUGUCUUGCUGGUUUUGCCCUUUUCAUAAAGACACGCUUUGUCCCAAUGUACUGGAGUGAAUGCAUACUUCUGAGUGGUCCUACUUGAGGUAUACUCUCAGUCAUGCAGGUCACCUGUAAUGAAUGUCUUUGUGUCCUUUUACCACUCGCUGUGCUUUUGUUGACCCGACAAUACCUGAGGAGGAUCUGUGAGAUCAAACUUUGCUUUUGCUGUUUCAGAUGAGCUUCAGUACAAUCAAAAAUAGUUUUGAGUCUGAUGCAAAACCACGCAAUCAAUAAUAACAAGUGAGAAUCUAAUGAUUUCGCUCACUAUAAAUCUUUUUUAAACAAUAAUAAAGUCAGUUGUAACAGUUCACUUAAUUGGUGAAGACUCGUACACAAAAAAAUUGCAUAACCAAUCUCUAUUUCUAAUCUUACCCAAUAUAUUUGGUGAUCUAUGAGAAGUAUCCAGCACCUGUUUAAGUGUUUAGUUUAGUCUCACAUUGCAUAUUUAAAUGAAUGUUUCUUUAACUAAACUGAAUGUAGAUAUUAUUGUUUAUGAAAUCGAAUUAAUUAUUUGGACAUAAAAUUGCAGUGCUUUAGGAGCAGCUGUAACACACAUCCUGUGGUCAAAGAACUACUUAAGGUGAAAUCUGCACCUGGUGUUGGCCUCUUCAAGGUUGCUGCCUGCACAAUAUUUCUGUCCUUCAAAGCAAACAGGCCUGUGUGUGACUCUUUUUUAUGUUUGCAUGGACCUCUGGAAGUCCCUGAGUAUGUUUUUUCAAUGGAAACUUUCUUGUCUAACUAUCUAACCCUCCUCUCUCUUCCUUAUCUCUAAGGAUUCAAAAGCAAUCUCAUUCAAACCUGAGUGUCAGUCUCUUGAAAUUGCCAAUCUUCACCACAAUCAAAUAGGACACACAUUUCACAAAACCUAUUUGACUCCAAAGAAAAUUGGUGUUUUUAUGCAAGGAUCAUGACCUGCUUCCCAUCAUCUCUGUCAUCACAAUGUAUCUGUGGUGCUGAUGGAAACAAUCAAAUGAAACAUUCAGUAUUUGACUGUUUGCUUUUAUUCAGGCACAUAGAAACGGACCAAACCAUUUCAAGCAACACAGGCAGCUGAAGCUCACAUGUAUAUUUUUUGGAUGCCAUCAUUCUGCUUUUAACAAACAGGAAAUUUACACCCACUGCUCUUUCUAUUAUCUCAGUGCACUUAUGCAUGGCAGGUAAUGAGCAGGUGGGGUUAGCUUCUGUUUCUGUUGGAACAAAGCACUUGAUGGUCAGCAAUAAAGAUGAGUCAUUUAGUGCAACAGCACUAACGUUUUAUGUUGGAGGCUAAUUUAAAGAGAGAAAAAUGGAUCCAUCCCUUUCUUUCCUCCUUGAAUGAAACCUUAACAGUGAGAUCAUUAUGUUUCAGUGUGUUUAUCUGAAAUCACAAUGUUGAAUUGUUCUUCUUUUGAUUACACAACAGUGAAAAAACUCACAAGAAACUUUCAAAGAGCGAUAACAGCACAAUACAGAGAUACACCGAUCUGAAAAACAUUUUUCUCCAUUAUCCUGCCUCUCUUUUGGUGUAUGCAUUAAAGUUUGAUGGAUCAGUCUGCAGAUGAACAUAACAUAAAUGUUACUCUCCUCCAAAAAUCACUAAUACUAAACACUGGAAAACAAGUGUCCAGAAUCACAGAUAAAUACUGCAUCACAUUUUUUUCAUAAACAGUGUUAGCAGAUGGUUGCACUUUGUGACCAAGUUUCAGUCAAGCUUCUCAGUUCGGAGGUACGUGGCACCAACACUCUGACCGAGAGCACAGUGAAGCUGUUUGUACAUUCAUUUUAAUUAUAGUUAAAGUGUGACCUUCUGUCAUCUGUACAUAUACAGUAGAUGAAAACAGGCCGUGGGCAGAAAGGCAGCAUGUAGAGAUUAGCAGGCGGUACAGGCAGAAGAAAGCAGCUAUAAUUAUACAGAUACAGAACAUGGAUUGCACAGACAGAAGACUGUCAAUUGAAGUCAGAGCAGAAACCAUAAAGCUUCAGAGCAUUGUUUGAAGAAAGUGCUCGAUAAUUGUCACACAGCAGGGGGAUGCAGACGUACAGCAGCAGCAGAAAAUUGUCUUCUGGCAGUUGAUGCAAUUCAAGAGUUCAAUAGCUUCCUCUGCAGGCUUAUAGAUAACAAACAUGUGUGAGAAAUGUCUGGAGGUGUUUUUGCACAUUCUUUCUGGUUCUGAUUCCCACAAGACAGGUUGUGGGCUGUCUUCUCACCUCUUUUGUAGAGGCUGCUCCCUUUCUGAGGCUGAGUGCGCUAACCUGUCUCCACUCUGCAAUCAUGCUGUCUUCAAGACUGGUGCAGACCCACACCUCAGCGCCAGAGUUUUAUUGACCCCACGUUGUGAUACAUGGCCUUCUUAAUGCUUACUGGUGCUUCUAGUGAAACAUUUUUAUUUUUGGAUUUGCAUGUCUAACCCUCAUUCUCCUCUACUUUUUUCCAGUGUUUCUCUCUGGUCCUUUCACCAGCUUGCCACCCAGCACUCUUCCACACCUGGAUUCAUCCUCAUCUCCCUCGGACUUUGGACUCACUCACUCCCUGCAAACCAAUAAACCUGUUAAACCUUUCCUCUGUCUGGCUUGCAUUUCCGGUUCAACCUUAAUACAGCCCUCACACUGGUUACACUAACACAAGACAGUCAGAGCCUGAAUUCUAUCUUGAACACAAUUUCUGUCUUCCUCUAAACAUGACCUGAAAAAGCAUAUUCUGAUCUGCUGCUCAUUUUUGUAGGAUGACUCAAUGUCAUAUAAAACUGACUUCAGAUAAUCAUUCAGCUUAUCUGGUUUGCUGGUUUGGAUCAAAUGGCAACCACUAGUCUUAAAACAGGAAGCCAGUGUGUAAAUGCAAAAAACUGCAGUUCCUCAAGAGUCCACUUGAGGCUGGAUACAGAAGCAUCAGACACAGCCAAACAAAUCUGUCUAUAGUCUGCUUCAAAAAACACUUUUGGUCUAAAUCAUGGCAGAGCCCCAUCUUCGGGAGAUAGCUGGGACUGGAUGUCAACAAAGCACUACCUGCUGUGCUAUGUAUGACAGAAAAGAAGGACAUUUGAUAAUUUAAAACCAUAAAAAUACAACAAUAAAAACAUAAACUUAAGAGGACAAAAGUGGAUUUUCCAAUCAUUUCACUCUCCUGCCACCAUUAAUGCUAUUUUCAGGACAGUAUCAGAACAGUUGCCAGCUGUCUGCACUCAGAUAUGGAACACCUAGCUUCUUGUAAAGUAACACCUCAAUUGCAGUUUUACAAGUUUUUGGCACAUUUGCACUCAUUUGUCCAAAAAAAAAAAAAAAAAAAAAGAUUUGGCAUCAAUCUUGCUAGAAACUAAAUCUGUUAUGUAGAGCAGUGGGCUGUGCAAAGAAAUCUAUCUUAAUCCGAUGAUCCACAUUCCUCAGCCCACAUAAGAUUCACCAAAGCUUGUCAUUGCAUCGUCUUUUUCACAACAACCUUAUCCUAUAAUUAAUGAUAUCAUGAUAUUAUUCAUGUUUGUUUUCCAGAGUUAAUCCUGAAAUUUCAUUUGUUUUAAUCCUCACUAUGGGAAUAAACCUUGUAGCUCUGAGCUGCAGCAACAGUAACUCAAAACAUAAACCAUUUCCAUCAGACCUCUCCUCUCAGGUGAAGUGAGCCACUAAGACCGUCCCCUCCUCCAGCACUCUGACAGAGGGUGUGUUAGCGUUACACUGGGGCUUUGUUUACAAAACAAAUGGGAAUAAAUUAGUUUAUGUAACCAUAAUCAUGGUUAUUUUAGUCGGUGAUCGUCUCGUCCGGGCUCCCCCACAAACAAGCAGCUGCUGGAGGAGAGUGGGUAAGUUGUGUUUGGUCUCUUUGCUAAAGAAACCAGGCAAAACUAUAAAGAUGUUUGAUGGCUAGUGCUAUGGCUGGGACCCUAUAUGUACUGUUGAUGAAGUUAGGUGCUGUUCUGAGCAUUAUUUGUGGCUAUAGAGUGGCUCUUUGGUUCAGGUUUGUGCAUGGAGACGUAGACUGCUGUGUAUUGCUAUCGUGCGGUCAUUACUAAAGUUGGUAUAACUAGAGAAGCAAGCAGUUGGCAACAUUCACCUCUCUAACUCGGUGUUAAGGUGUGUUUGACCAUGACUUAAAUUUACGCCAGAAUAUCCCUUUAACUUUUUGAGUUAAAUAAUGGGAAAAAAUGAACUAUUUCAGGAUGGAUUAAUUUUUGAUCUGCACCUGUAAAGACUUUCUAAACACCAAAACAAUUAUAUUCAGGUGAAAUUACGCUUAAAUUUACUAAUAUAAACCUAAUUUUCACUGGGCAUGACCUCAUAAACAAGUGCAGAUUGUAGUGUAUAAAUGACUGGGAAAAAAGGGUUAAUGACAGCCUUCUGGAGUCAAAUAAAGGAAAAUGAACCAUCAGCUACCGUGAAAGAUGAGCUGCAGACAGUUUUCUGUGACCCACUUUCUUAUAAAUCAUGAUUGAAAUUGUCCUGGCUGUGUCCACAUGAUGUAACUAAUGAACCAUUCAAUGUGUACAUGCUAGGUACAAUGGAGAGCAGUAGUUGAACACAUCCUGUGAAUGUCCUCUUUUCAGUUCAUCCCAGACAGCAGACCAAAAUGUGCUUGAUUUGAAUCUGCACUGGCAGACAGGUGCAAUGGACCAGUUCUCCAACCAUGUGUUUGAAUGA